AUGAGAAGAGAAUUCAAUUAACAAAUUUCUCUUGAACAAUAAGAUUAUAAAUAACUAAAUAUACUCAAAAAUGGAAAUGAAUCGGAAGUAAUUAUCUCUGAUAUGAUCUCUUCAUUUUCUAACAGUGUCAAAUAGUAGGUAAGUAAUAAGAAAAACGUGGUUUUUAUAAUCGGAAAUACUGGGUCUGGCAAAACAACAUUAGCUGCUUUUUUAUCAGGUAUAGAUCUAAUUGUAGAAAAAAAUAAGUUUAAUUAAAGAAUCAUAAACUAUGAAUCAAAAUAUUUAGAAUUUAAAAAUAAAGUUGGUGAAAAUGUUCUUGAAUCAGAAACUUCUUUUCCUAAUGUCUUUGAGAGCUCUUCUUGCGUUUAUAUUGAUUGCCCAGGAUUUUAAGACACUAAAUUAACUAAAGCUGAUAUUAUAAACUCGUUUUUUAUUCAUUAUUUUUAAUAGAAUGCUAUGUAGGUAAAAAUAAUUUUAUUAAUAGAUGGUUCAUUACUAGAUUGCAAAGGAUUGAGUAAUCAGAGAUGUUAACCAUAUAAACAAUAAAUUCAAUAUUUAAUUUCUAUGACAAAAGACACAUGUUUUGAUAUUUCAAGAAAUUUACUUAUUGUAAUAUCUAAAACUACUUAGGAUAAUAUAACAUUUUAUUAAGAUAAACUUAGAAAAGUAUUUAAAGCAUUAUCUGUAACCUAUUCAUUUAUUUAAGAAUUAGAUGAAACAAAAUACUUUAACAUAUCUUACUAAUAGUUUUUUAGAAGUCUUUUAUAGACAAAAAUAAUAACAUUUCCUUCUCCCCCUGAAGAUUAUUAAAACUAUUAAAUUUACAUAACUGCAAGACAAACUAUUGAAUAAUCUCUUAAUAACAUGACGUAUUACUAUGAUAAUGAUUUGAAAGUUCCAUUAUCAAUUAAUUGUUAUCAAUAUUUAUUAAAACUGGAAUCAGAAAUCUAAAUUGUUAUAAAAAACAAAUUAAAAAAUGCUCUUAAUAUAUUAAGAAACUAAAUUCAACAAAAUGAAUCAUUAAUAUAUAAAUAUAUAAUGUUAAUGACCUAAAUAGUCUCAGGUUUAGAUUAUCCUUUUUAUUCAACUGACAAAUAGUAAUUACUUAGUCUUCUUAACUUUGAAUUAAUCGCUCCAAUAGAAAAUGAAUUCUCAAUUUUCUAAAAAAAAGACAUUGAAAAAGAAUUAAGCUACAUUGAAUUUUUAUCCAAAUUCGCUUACAAUCUUUUCUUCAACAAGAUUAGCUAUGAAUUAUAAUUUGAUACUGUGUUCAAAAAAGUAGUCUUAAUUGUUUUGAAAGAAGAAAUAGCAGAAUCAAAUAAAUAAUAAGAGGUUUUAUUAAACUAAAUGAUGUUUAAUAAUACAUAAUAAUGUUUAGAAAAAUCUAACUAAGAACUCCGCCAAAAACAAUAAUAGCUAAAUGAAUACCUAGAAGAUGAAAUAAAUUAUGAUGAAUUAAUUUAAAUUAUAAAAAAUGAAAACUAAGUUAAAAGAAAUAACUUAAAUAAUAAAUAUUGA